GCCAUUGACUCUCUCAAGCUCAGCUCACCCAAAGACAAUAUCUACCUCCUGACCACAAUAUUAACAAUAGCCCAAAGAAUACUGGCUCAGGGUAGAAGAAUCAUCCUUAAUUGGGUCCCUAGCCACAUUGGCAUCAGAGGGAACGAACUUGCUGACAGACUAGCAGUCUCUGGCAGGGGUAUGCCCCCUAGUCCCAUGAUCAUUGCACCUAGCCGUAAUUUACUUCGGAUGAAGAGUACUGGUGUCGCCAACUCCUUCCUCCUGCAGCUUCACAGAGAGGCAAUCCAGCGCAAGGAAAUCGCGACCAAGGCCGCUCCUCCUUCCCCGGAGAAAGACAUUGUUUUGGUCUAUCCAGGCGGGCAGCCAAAGACGAAGUUUAUCGAGAUGUUUACAAAUCCUCGCGCGCCACGCGAGGUUCAGAGGGAGCACAGAAGCUCUCUCAUGGAGUUUUAUGAUAAGCCAUUUGUGCUCCCACCUCGAGACGGUGUCAAGCUCGUCAUUGAUUCGUCGGACAACACCAGCGAGCGAACCAUGUCUGGCUAA